AUGGGUCGGUGUAUUGUUCUGCUUGUCUAUGUUGAUGAUAUCAUCAUUACUGGCAAUGACAUCCCUAGGAUUGCUCAAGUAAAGCUUCAAUUGACUAAAGCUUUUGAUGUCAAAGACCUUGGGCAGCUCAGAUAUUUCUUAGGAAUUAAGGUUGCUAGAUCUAAACAGGGUAUCUCUUUAUCGCAAAUGAAGUAUGUCUUGGAUCUUCUUCAAGACACCGGUAUGUUUGGGUGUAAACCUACUUCCACUGCUAUGGAUCCUAAUAUGAAGAUCUCGACUGGGUCUGGAGAUUUCCUUUCUGAUCCCUCGCAGUAUCAGCGCUCGGUUGAAAGAUUGAUUUAUCUUACAAACACCCAUCCUGAUUUAGCUUUUGUGGUUAGUGUUGUGAGCCAGUUUAUUUAUGCUCCUCGCACAGCUUAUAUGGAUGCAGUUGAGCUAUCCUGUUUCAGUGAUGCAAACUAUGCUGGGUCUAAGACUAACAAACGUUUCACAUCUGGCUUCUGCAUGAAGACCAUCUUAUAUGCUGGAAAAGUAAGAAAUAACCUAUAG